AUGGCCGCUAGGAGGUCAUGGCUAAUUGUUUUGGCCGCUCUUUUGAUUGCAUCUGGUGAGUUUCUUUUCUUUUUUAUGGUCAUUUUUGUUUUUUUUCGUUUAGCUUUUGCUUUUUUGUCUAUUUUUGAACUUUAAAAGCGUUAAAAUAAUAUGUUUCAGUUUAUAAUAACAUUAUAUUUCAGCAUUUAUACCUCAAUAUCAUGUACACGCCGACGAGGAUGAGGUUGAUGAAGCUACAGUGGAGGAAAGUGUGGCCAAAGGAAAGGUUGGGUCAAAGACUGACGACGAAACAGUUUUGAGGUAGGUUUUGUAAAUUUAAACGUCUCUUGAUUUUUGGAACUAUGUUUUAACUUUAAAAUUUUUUAAUUUAACUUUACUAGAUUUUGUUACCUAAAAUCUUCAUUUUAAAGUUAUUUAUCUGAGUAUGUUGCGAUAAUUUUUUUGCGCUUAAAAAGUGAAAGAUAUAGGGCGUAAAUACUUAUCUAGUUGCAAAACGUGGUUUUAUUAAUGUUUACUGAUAAGAGGCGUCAAAAUUGCAACAAAAAUAGUUUAACGUCUCCACGUUGACUUUUUUAAAGUUGCGCGGAAAUAAUUGGGUCAGACAGGCACCACCAGUCUCGUUUUGUUUGCUCUCCUUGCUUUAAACUUUGCGAACUCUCGAGUGACUUUUAUUCAAUUUUAACGUUAAUAAAAGCUAAUUUAACGCAAUUUCAAUAAAAUAAGAUUCGCUUUAAGCAUUACAGACUUAAAUGUUACCUAAAAAAUAACAAUUGUCAUUUAGGGAGGAAGAAGCAAUCAAAUUAGAUGGGUUGUCCGUAUCGGAGAUCAAGAAGCUACGGGAAAGUGCGGAAAAGCAUGAAUUCCAGGCCGAAGUCAAUCGAAUGAUGAAGUUGAUCAUCAACUCUUUGUAUAGGAAUAAGGAGAUCUUUUUGAGAGAACUCAUCUCCAACGCUUCUGAUGCUCUGGACAAGAUCCGUCUUUUGUCUUUAACCGAUCCUAACGCUUUGAGUGCCACUGAUGAAAUGUCGAUCAGAAUCAAGAGUGAUAAGUAUAACCACAUCCUCACUUUAACUGACACUGGUAUUGGAAUGACUAAGCAAGACCUCAUCAACAAUCUUGGCACUAUCGCUCGCUCUGGAACUUCAGAAUUCUUGCAAAAAUUGAUGGACUCUAACUCAGAUCAACAACAAGUAAGUGGUUCACUUUCACUGAUUAUUUUGUGUUUAGGAUUUGAUUGGCCAAUUUGGUGUUGGUUUCUACUCUGCUUUCCUUGUUGCCGACAGAGUUGUGGUUACGACUAAGAACAAUGACGACAAGCAGUACAUCUGGGAGUCUGAUUCCGCUUCUUUCACCAUUGCCGAAGACCCACGUGGAUCAACUUUGAAGCGAGGUACGGAGAUCCAACUCCAUUUGAAGGAAGAAGCUUACGAUUUCUUGGAGCCAGACACUUUGAAGAAGCUUGUCCACAGAUAUUCCCAAUUCAUCAACUUCUCUAUCUAUUUGUGGCAAUCCAAGACUGUCACUGUUGAUGAGCCAGUUGAAGAUGAGGAAGUUAAGGAAGGUGAAGAGAAGAAGACCAAGAGCGUUGAGAAGACCGUGUGGGAUUGGGAGAAGGUCAACAGCCUUAAGCCCAUCUGGAUGCGCAAGCCUUCAGAAGUUACCGAAGACGAAUACAAAGAGUUUUACAAGAGUAUUACUAAGGAUUACGACGAGCCUCUGGGACAUGUAAGUUACUGGCUUUGAAAAUAUAUUUUAUUUUUUGAGUGUUUAAGACAUGUUUUUAUUAUGAAUAUCCUUGUUCUAGGUCCACUUCAACGCCGAAGGUGAAGUUUCCUUCCGUUCGAUCAUGUAUGUUCCAAAGAAGGCCCAACAAGAUGCCUUCCAGAACUACGGAAAAGCCAACGAAAACAUCAAGCUCUACGUCAGACGAGUUUUUAUCACUGAUGACUUCCAAGACAUGUUACCUAAGUACUUGUCUUUCAUUAGAGGUUUGGUCGAUUCAGAUGAUCUUCCUCUCAAUGUGUCUCGCGAAAACUUGCAACAACACAAGUUGUUGAAGGUGAUCAAGAAGAAGCUGGUCAGGAAGGUAUUGGACAUGUUGAAAAAGAUGGACGAGAAGACCUACGAUGACUUCUGGAAGGAGUUCUCUACCAACUUGAAGCUCGGAAUCAUGGAAGACCCAUCAAACCGUAACAGACUCGCUAAACUCCUUCGGUUCCAGAGCUCGAACGAUGCUACUGCUUUGACUACCUUGACUCAGUACGCCGAAAGAAUGAAGGAGAAGCAAGAAACCAUCUUCUACGUUGCCGGAACUUCACGUAAGGAAGUUGAGACUUCUCCAUUUGUUGAAGCCUUGUUGAAGAAGGGAUAUGAAGUCUUGUACUUGACUGAGCCAGUAGACGAGUACUGUAUUCAGGCUAUGCCAGAAUUUGAUGGUAAGAAGUUCCAGAAUGUGGCCAAGGAAGGAUUGAAGCUGAACCAAGGAGAGAAGGCCAAGGAAGCUUUUGCUGAACUCGAAAAGCAAUUCGAGCCCUUGACCGACUGGUUGAAGGAUAAGGGUCUGAACGGCAAGAUCGAGAAGGCUGUUGUCUCUGAACGUUUGAGCACGUCUCCAUCAGCUCUUGUCGCUUCAUCUUACGGAUGGUCUGGAAAUAUGGAGAGGAUUAUGAAGUCGCAAGCCUAUGCCAAAGCCAACGACCCCACUCAAGACUUCUACGCCAACCAGAAGAAGAUCUUUGAGAUCAACCCUCGGCAUCCAGUAGUUAAGGAGUUGUUGAGAAGAGUGGAAAGUGAUCAGGAGGAUCCCAAAGCAGUCAGCACUGCUCAACUCCUCUUUGAAACUGCCACUUUGAGGUCAGGGUUUGCUUUGAAUGAUCAAGUCGGCUUUGCGGAAAGAAUUGAAGCUGUAAGUUUAUUACCUAAAAUUAUUUCUUGUUUUGUUUUAUCGUUGAUUUGUAUAAAAACUAUACUUUUAAAUAUUAAACUGUGUAUUUACAGAUCCUCCGUCAAUCCCUUGACUUGAGUGCCGAUGAGCCAGUCGAAGAAGAGGUAGAGAUCGUUGAAGAUGAAGCUCCCAAAGAAGAAGAGUCGACAACGGACGAGAAGGUGGAGGUAGAAGAGGAACACACCGAACUUUAA